AUGUAAUGUACAUGUGAUUUUUUGGUUGGGUUUUGUAUUUUGUUUAUAUACUUCCUGUAUUUAUUGUACUCCAGUUAAUAACCACUGUAAUCAGAAAAAAGAAAAAUUGUCAUAAUUUUAAACAGUGAAUAUAAUAAUUUUGUCUUCUGCCAUCAUAUAAGUAAAAAUAUAACCAGUUUUAUUUUCAAUGAAUGAGUAUGGCUCUCGUUUGCUUCCUCCAGCCAAAGAAAGCAGUACUCGCGCUGCGUGUAAGAAAUGUGGCUACGCAGGGCAUUUAACUUAUCAGUGUAGAAAUUUUGUUAAAGUAGAUCCUAACAAAGAAAUUGUUCUUGAUGUUAGUAGUACAAGUAGCGAAUCAGACCAAGAUUAUCUCACCCCUCUUACAGAAUUAAGGGAAAGAGAACUAAAAGAAAAAUUAAAAAAACAGAAGAAAAAGAAACAUAAAAAGAAAUCGAAAAAAGUCAAGAAAAGGAGACAUUCAUCCACAUCUGAUUCUGAAGAAGAUACUUCAUCAAGUGAGAGUGAUAGCGAAGCUAGUGAUACGAACCAUAAGAAUUCAAAAAAACAUAAACACAAGAAAAGAAAGCAUGAGAGAAAAUAAUUUACUUAUACAAGAAUUGAUUUGAAAAAGUACAAUCUGAUUGUACUAAGGAGUAAGCAGUCGUUUUUCUUCAAUCGUGAUGAAUGUGUAAACGUACCAAAAUUUUGUUUCAAAUGUGCUAUUCGUAAUACCUAUAUUUUUAAAACGUAAUGUAAAGUGAGCUUAUAAACAAGAUUGUAAAAAGAAUUUGUGAAAUUGUCUUCCUUUGAGAUUGAAAUAAAAAUGUAUAAUUUA